GACGCCCCGGGUCGGGCUAUUGCGAUUGGCUGCCGCCAGGGGGGCGGGGCCGGCGGCGAUUUGAACGCGCGGCGGCGGCUGAGCGCGCGGGGCAGACAUGUCCUUCCCGCGGGCCGCGCUGCGGCGCUUCAACGAGCCGGCCGGCUGCGCCCCGUCCCCUGGCGCCUACGACGUGAAGCCAGCAGAGGCUGCCCGCGGCCCCGUGUCCUUCGUGAAGGCCCAGAGGUUCCCAGCACUCGAGGACACCCGGCCUGACCUCGCAGCCGACGGUGACGCUCUGCCUGCUUCAGCCAGAAGGGGCAAGGCCCCAGGGACCAAGAAGAAACCUGAAAAGAGUGAUCAGGAUCUGAAGAUGUUGAAGAAAGAGAUGCGAGCCCUCGUGCAGGAGCGCAGCUUACAGGUCAGGCGCAUCCAGGACCUGGAAGCCAAGCUGGAGAAGGUGGAAGGCAAGCUGAGUGCUGCAGUCAGGGAGAACACGUCUCUCGCUGCGGCCGGCGCGUCCCUGAAGAAGCAGCUCAUUGAAUUCACCAGGAUUAACGAGCUGCUCAAGUCUAAGUUCUCUGAAAACCGCAACAAGAAUAUGAAGCUCCUAAGCCUUGAGUUGCAGAAACUCAAACACAAGCGACAAGCAAAGGCUCUGGCGGCCAAUCAGGAAGGCGUGGAGAGGAAGCUGCAGGAAGAGCCUCAGGAGAAAGCGCCACAGGCUGAGGGGGAACUUGUCAUAAUAGACCAAGAAAAGACUGAUGAAAAUUCUGAAACAGAAGAACUCUUAGAAUACAUCCAAGAAAUCAGCCACGCGUCCGAUCAGGUGGAAAAAUACGAGCUGCGUAUUGCUCAGCUAGAGGGAAAACUGCAGGCGGAAGCUGCCGAGGUCUCCAGCCUUAGACAGUCUCGUGAGCAGAGUGCUGCGCUGUGGGCACAGCUGGGAGACCUGACGGCUAGGUGUCAGCUGCUGGAGCAGGAGAAAGAAAGCCUCGCCAGCAAGUAUAAUGAACAGGAGGAGACUCUAAAUUCUGAAAUAAAGAGCCUAAAAGAGAGGCUUGUUCUUGAAAAGGAAGAACAGGAAAAGCUACAACAAAAAGAAUUGCAAAUCGAUUCCCUUCUGCAGCAGGAGAAGGGAUUGUCCUCCAGUCUUCAGCAGAAACUGUGUUCUGUCCAGGAGGAACUGGCCAGAGAGAAGAGCCUGUUUGAGGAGGAAUUAAAAGCAGCACUGAGGGAGCUGGAUAAGUUGCAACACAAGGAGGAGCAAGCAGAGAGGCUCCUUGAGCAGCUGGAAGAGGAAGCAAGGUCUAGAGCUGCAAAGCAGAAGCUUCUGGAAGAAGCGCUGGAGAGGAAGGAAGCCGAGCUGGAGGACAGCAGGGCAGCUCACACCCAGGCCAGUCUUCUGCUGCAGGAGAAGCACAGCCAUGCCCUGCAGAGCCUCAGGGAGACGACUGCACAGCUGGAGAGCUACAAAGCAUCAACUACUACUGAGCUUGAGGAUCUUAAGCUGGAGAACUCGUCACUGGAGCAGGAAGUGGCCGCAGCCAGGCAGAGCGCAGAGGACAUGCAGCAGCAGAUGCAGGAGGCUGAACGUGCCCGGGGAGACUACGAGAGGAUGCUUCUGGAUCUGCAGACCAAAUCAGCAAUUAGAGAAGUGGAAAUUAAAGACAUCACUGAUUCUUCUCUUAAAAAAAUAACGGAUUUGCAGAACCAGCUCAGGCAACAAGGUGAAGACUUCAAGAAACAAGCAGAAAAGGGCGAGUCGAGAGAAGCUGGGAACGAAAGCACAAUAGCAGAGCUGACCGAGGAGAGGAACAAGUGGAGGCAGCUGUAUGAAGAGUUGUACAAUAAGACCAAGCCGUUCCAGCUACAACUGGAUGCGUAUGAGGUGGAGAGACAGGCUCUGCUGAACCAGCACGGCGCGGCUCAGGAGCAGCUGAACAGACUCGGAGACUCCUACGCCAGGUUGUUGGGUCACCAGAAUCUGAAGCAGAAAAUCAAGCAUGUUGUGAAACUGAAAGAUGAAAAUAGCCAACUCAGAUCGGAGAUGUCAAAACUUCGCUCUCAACUUGCUAAAAAAACACAAAGUGAGAUGAAGCUUCAAGAAGAGUUGAAUAAAGCUCUAGGCAUCAAACGCUUUGAUCCUUCAAAGGCUUUUCAUCAUGAAAGUAAAGAAAAUCUUACUCUCAAAACCCCAUUAAAGGAAGGCAACGCAAACUGCUGCUGAACUCACGUGGAGUUUCCAGAAUCGUGCACGCAGACCGCUGACAGACCCGUCAACGGUGACUUCUGUGUAUUCCCACUAUUGUCAUUAUGCGCGCACUAGGCAGUCCUGGUGUUGUGGGUAGUAGGUAGACUUCCUGCUCUCAGCAUGUGAAGAGAAGCUUGACAGCUUUCCCCCGUCUGCUGGUGCCGUACACGCUCUCCUACUUCCUGGAGGCUCCUGUAUCUGCAGCUUCUGGCUACCUUCCCCGCAGACCCCUUGGAAUCAGCAUUCCUUCUAAAAACCCCUCCUGUUGUUCACUAGUCUGAAGCUCCAGGUGGGUCAAGAUUUACCCCCUGGGUUUUUAGCUGGUUGCUGACAGCCCUUUCUGACCCGAGCCGCCUAAACAAGUUGAAACAGAAACACCUCGGCAUGUUCUUCCCUGCACCUUUGAUGGCUGCAAGGACCUUUCUGUCCUGCCAAGGCCCCUCAUCCAGUUAGGGCGGGAGGGCGUACACACCUCGGGUAUCACGUCAUCUCUCAUCAGAGUCACCCAGCUUGUCAAUAAUUUAAAGAUUCCUACGCUCCAGCCCCACCACAUUAAAACUCAAGUGUUGGCCAUAAAACCAACGUUUUUAAAUAAACUGCAGAUAAUUCUCAGAUAAGCUGAAAGCUAAGAAACUGCUUUUAUCUUCUUUGAAGAAUGUGUUUUACACUGCUUAUCUCUUGUCCCACUACUGUGUGUUUGUAUUUGUAAAUAUGAAAUAAAAUUGCAUUGUCAUGUGCCCAGUUAA